UGUGUCGUACGCCUCCAAAUUGGAGGCUCCGUCCAGUUUCUCAAAAGGGUCCCAGCAUUCUGCCUAUUCACUGACGUAUUCUUUUUUGUGUGAGCUUGCCAAAAUCGGAAAUGAUGAAAAUUGCCGUUUUCCUGGUGGUUUUUGCACUUUUUAUUGGCGUUUUUGUGCAAGGACAACGAGUUUUUGAUAUGAUGGAUGAGAAAGCUUCCAACCCAGGCGGUCGUUCGGCGAUCUACCAGCGAAAAUCGUAUCUCCAACCAUUCUACAAUGCUCCAACUCAACUUUUCUGGCGGAGAUAUUAAUUUUCCACGUUUUUUUUUCAAAAAAUUUGAGAAAAAUAAAUAAUUUUGUUGUU